AUGGAUUUGUUACCUCCUGCAAAACGCCGUCGUCAGAGCAAUGACGGCGAGAGUGAAGCGUCGACGUUGUCACCGGUGGUGAUCUUCGCUCACGGUGCUGGUGCUCCUUCCUCUUCUGAUUGGAUGCAAAGAUGGAAGAAUAUGUUAAAAGAGGCACUGCAAGCUGUUGAUGUUGUCACUUUUGACUAUCCUUACAUGUCUGGAAAAAAGAGGGCUCCUCCCAAGGCUGAAAAACUGGUGGAGUUUCACUCAAAUAUCGUCAAGGAAACUGCUACUAAGUACCCUGGUCAUCCAGUGAUACUUGCAGGCAAAUCAAUGGGUUCAAGAGUCGGUUGCAUGGUGGCAAGCAUGGAAGACAUUAAUGUUUCUGCUGUAGUAUGCUUGGGUUACCCGUUAAAGGGAAUCAAUGGUGCGGUUAGAGAUGAAACAUUGUUGCAGCUAACAAUUCCAACAAUGUUUGUACAGGGAAGCAAGGAUGUUCUCUGUCCACUUGAAAAGUUGGAAGCUACUCGGAAGAAGAUGAAAGCACCCAAUGAGCUGCAUGUCAUUGAUGGUGGUGACCACUCUUUCAAAAUUGGUAAGAAGCACCUACAAGCAAACAAUUCCUCCCAAGAUGAAUCUGAAGAUGCUGCUGUGCAGGCCAUUGCUGCUUUCAUUUCCAGGUCUCUUGACGGAUGA